UUCCCUAAAAACAGAGUAAUGACUUCCCAAUUCCCUAAAAACAGCCCUUACACCAUACUAUAUGAAGUACUUCUAUGUGACUGUGACUCAAAAUAAGAAUUUGGACGGUGGAGUUGGGUUGAAGACUGAAUGGAGAAUGUUCAGAGCGCAUUCAGUAAGAUUUCGAAACAUGCAGAAUCAACUCAUCCUCUAAAUUCUUCUACAUCUUUAAGUAUUCUGAACAAGCUCACACCUGAGAAGUAUGAUCUUCUCCAAGCUCAGCUAAUUGCUUCUGAUAUCACAUCAGCUGAAGAUCUAAUUGCUGUUGUUUCAUGGAUACAUGAUAAAGCUGUUUCUCUCGGGCCUACAUUUUGUCCCAUGUACGCGCAGUUAUGUUCUGAUCUGAAUGAGAAGCUUCCUCCAUAUCCACCAGAGAAAGCUGGUGGAAAAGAAAUUACCUUUAAGCGUGUUCUCUUGAACAUAUGUCAAGAGACAUUUGAAGGUGCUGACAAUCUGAGAGCUGAAUUAAGGCAGAUGACAAGCCCUGAGCAAGAAGCUGAACGUCGAGAUAAAGAAAGAAUGCUUAAACUUCGUACUCUUGGGAACAUCCGCCUUAUUGGUGAACUUCUCAAGCAGAAAAUGGUGCCUGAAAAUAUUGUGCAUCAUAUUGUACAGGAGCUAUUGGGUCCUGACAAUAAAAGUUGCCCAGAAGAGGAGAAUGUUGAGGCCAUAUGCCAAUUUUUCAGUACAAUUGGUAAGCAGCUUGAUGAAAAGCCAAAGUCCCAGCGUAUCAAUGAUGUUUAUAUGUGGCGCUUGAAGGAACUAAGCACACUUGAUCAACUUACCCCUCGUCUGCGUUUCAUGGUCCGCAAUAUCCUUGAUCUGCGAACAAACAACUGGGUUCCUGGGCGUGAAGAGAUCAAAGCGAAAACCAAUACUGAAAUCCACUCUGACGCAGAGAGGAACAUGGGCCUGCGUCUUGGGGGUACUGCAAGCAUGAGGAACCCUCGUGGUAAACUCCCUGCUCAAGGAAACAUGAGCCAGAGAGGAUUUAAUCGCCCAAGUGCUGGGGGUAUGAUUCCCGGGAUGACGCUUCCAUACAUGAGGUCAAUGCAAAGAGGAGUCGAUGUGAAUGUUGCUUCUCAAGGAGGACGCUUUCAGUCAUCAGUGAUUGGCAGACCAACAUCGUUGAAUUCUAGGCUCUUACCUCAGGGUAGUGGUGGUAUCAUUAGUGGGCCAACUGCUUGUCAACCAAGCCAAAGUUCGAGUAUGGAGUCGCUAAGCCAAAUGCCCAAGGCUAAUCCCUCCCCACCUCAACCAAUAGCAUCCCAUGUUGAGAGACCUGCCCUUGCUCCGGAUACAACUACCAAUAUCAAACCCGAGGAGCUUAAGAGGAAGACAACAUCUCUUGUUGAGGAAUACUUCGAUGUUGGGCAGUUGGAUGAGGCAUUAAUAUGUGUUGAGGAGCUCAAGUCACCAUCUUAUUACAGUGAGAUUGUGAGGGAAGCAAUUAACUUGGGAUUAGAAAAGAAUCCACCUUGUGUUGAGCAGGUUGCCAAGCUUUUGGAGUACUUGUUUGCUAAGAAAGUCUUAACGGCAACAGAUAUAAGUACUGGAUGCUUGCUCUAUGGUCAAAUGAUGGAUGAUAUAGCUAUUGACCUUCCCAAGGCUAAUAUGGAGAUCUUGGGUAAGCUGAUUUUGGAUGAGGCAUUGAACUUUAGUGUGGUGAAGGAAAUCCUGCAGAAGGUAGAAGAUGUAUACUCUCGGAAACCUAUAUUCGAUGCCACAGUGAGGGCGGUUGGACCAGGAGUUUUGGAAGCACAAACUGCUGAUGUUGAAGCAUGCAAGGCCCUUCUCUGAACUCCAGUGCUUAAAUUGGUCGGUCAUUCUCUUUUUCCCCUUUACAGUUAAACUAGUACUUGAAUUCCAUGUAGUGCACCACAUUUGUCCGAAGAUUCUCCCUAUGAUUAAAUUUUGCAUUGUAAUUUUACAAUUUCUCCUUGUUGAGGUGAGCA